CUCUUCAUCUUGCUGAUGGUCCUGCUCUCCUGGACAAGCAGUGAAUGCAGCUUAAUAAGUCAGAGCUCAAUUAGAACUUGUCAAGUUGGAGAUUCUAGUGAACCUAGUACAAACAAUGAAGCUGGGCGAACAUGCAAAGAGAAGAUAGUUGUUUCCAUGACUCUAAUGAGCGAUCAGCAAAAUUCUGAAUCUCUAUAUGCGAACGUCCGUGAAGUUUACCAAACUGGAGAGUCAACGGCCAGCUUAUUGAAGAAGCCAUUUAGAAUCGAGAUAUCUAAGUCUGAGACUAUUUCAAGCUAUCGUGUUUACUAUCGAGGGUCUGCAAAUGCAAAACCAAGUGAACAUUCUUCACUCUACGAAUGGAGGGAAAACUGCAGAGAUCACUGGAGUGAUGCUCACCUCUCUCGUCCAAGACAGCCAAAAGCUGAUGGGGGUUUAGAAUGGGACAGUCAGGGUUUUUGCUGUCGAUGUGGUUCAAAGAGGCAGUCAACUUAUAUAAAACGUCCUGGUGCUUUUUGUGGUAACAGGGACGUAGCCACACUUUUUUGGCAUGGUUAUAUAGAACUAGAGAAUGACCAACUUCAGAAGUAUGGAUCCUCCAUUCAUUACAUGAAGAUGAAUGACAAAUGGUAUGAUGUGUUUGAUAUUGACCAGCCCAUACUGCAAUACAAGGUGAUGGUGACUCUACUGGAGUACAAUGGUAUACUGGGGAACACAGAGUCAGGAGUUACCGUGGGUAACUGGACACUCGUCUCCUCCUUUGAGCUCUCACCCUCCAACACUGUCAGCAGGUCUCCAAGUGGAAGGGUUGUUGCAAGAAUAGAGGGAGAGUUACUUGGCUCAUCUGAUCCCUAUGAUUUCAUUACCAAAAAGCUACUCGUCCCUUCAUCAAGAGUGUUCAGCAGUGAUAAUACGCAGCAACCACAGGAUUCUGCUGGUAUGAAUGAGUGGAUGCUUGUUGAAGAGAGUAUGGUGGAUCUUUCUGGCAAAGAGUGCAACAAAAUCGGUACCUCCUUUACUGCAUUCAGGUCACAGCCAGUAGCAUGUCAACGAGAGUCUGGAACGUGCUUCUCAAAUCAGCCACUGGAUCUACUCAAACAUGACGGAGAACUGUUGAAACGUGGCAAGAUGGGAAAGUACCUACUCCGUAACUACGGACAAGUCCACCCCUCCACUCAUCCAGAUGCAGACUCAUUCAUCCUCCGUUUUGUCCAUACUUCUCUCCAUAACUCAUUUGUUACCUUCUAUAUAGACGCCUCGGACAUUCAGUUUGUCUUCAACAGCGUGAGAGGACGAAUAGUUGAUGUAACUGCAUCUGAUUUCACUGUCAACGAGGAAAGUGGUCUGAUUGUGGUGGAUGUUGAGAAUGUGGGGGAGAUAGCUGGAGACUUCCUCGUCAGCUUAGCUCAUUGCCACGACGAUAGAGUGCCAUCCUCCAAGAAGACAUCAAUUGCUCCAGGACAAAUUAAGAGUGUCUCGUUUGCUUUCCAAGCUUUUGUGGAUGAAGCACAAGAAGUUCGGUGUGUAGUUGAGCUGUAUGAUGUGAAUUACAAUCUACUGGGUACGUCAAACGUGGAACUGAACGUCAACGUAUCUUGUUUCUGCUACGGAGAAUGUGGAUGUGAGUGCAGUGAUAAUGGGACAGUAACAGUAUUCGAAUGCCCGGAGGAGCCCCCUGUCGUUAUUGAAACUGGCCCCAUCUUCCUCAGACUGUUUUUAAUAGUGCUACGAAUGGUGGGCAUACACGGCAUUGUUGGAUUCUUUGGUGGCAUUCUCCUAAUACUUGGGUUCAUUAAGCUGUUGUUUGGUGGAGUCUGCUGCUGCAGGAAGUCUAAAGCACAGGCAUACUAUGAUGAGCAAAGAAAGAAAGGCGCACGUGUACAACAAGCAAAGCUGUUCAAGUGUACUGGUGAGUGCAGAGGGGCAAAAAUGGCAAAGGCCCGCCAAAAAAGGAAGGUGAAACGGAUUCGGAAUUUGGGAAAAGACCCGUAUCGACUAGAUGACUGGAGAAACUCCUCGUUUGUUUGCAGCUGCAAUGAUGAGCUAACCGAUAUACGAUUUGCAAACAUUUUAAAGUCACUCUGUUUCUUCUACUACUGUUUCUUCCUGCCCAUCAUUUGGCUCGGCCGCAAGAUCUGGUGGAGUGUAUUCAGAGACACUAUGAAGAACAAAGAAGUUGCUAAGAGGACUUUAUUACGAUCGGCCAAGAAAGACCGGAAGUUGGAGACCCUUGGAAUGGUGGACAUUGGUGCAGAGCUUAAAAAUUUAAUGACCAGUGAUAAAAAAAAUGAACAGCUAGCACAAAGUGCUCAGAAAGCAGCUGUACUAGAAAACAAGACGAAAAGUGAUAUUACUGAUACAACCCCUCGGUUAAAAACCAAGCUUGGGAAAAAUAAUCAAAAGUCCACAGCACAAAAGAAAUCGUUGAUUGGCAAUAACGUAGAACCAGCAUUACAGUUACAAACUAAGCCGAAUGAGAAUAAUGUAAACGUUACUGAUCAAGAAAAAGUAAAAACUGAAGUACCAGCAAAUUUGGCAGACGCUACAGAUCCUAAAGCUAAUAAGAAGAAAAAAUGGUGGAAGAAAGAUGGAAAAAAAUCCAAAAUGGAUAGCCAAAAGUCAACAGAACAAGUAGAAUCGUUUCACUCAGCAUUAGAGUUACAAACUAUGCCGAAUGAGAACAGCGUAAGUGCUACUGAUAAAGAAAAGAAACAAACUCAAGAUCCCACUAAGCUUGCAGCAACCUCAGAACCAGUGCCAGAAAAUUUGGGAGACCCUCAAAGUGAUAAGGCUAAUAAGAAGAAAAAAGGGUCAAAGAAAGAUGAACAAAAAUCUAAAAAAGAAGAGAAUGACAAAACUAAAGAACUUGAUACCCACAUUAAAAAAGAUAGGAAUAUCGAUCGAACCGCUCAAAAAGAACGCAAAUUAACAUCACGAAUGGACAGUGCAAAGCCUAGUAGAAGAGUACCUGGCAAAUCGAAACGUUCUGACUGGAUGAAUGAAGAUGUUCCUGAUUGGGAUAGAGCUGAUCGAAAUUUUGAAAAGGCAUCUAGGAGAGAUGAACGUGACAGAAGAUCUCCUAGAGAACCUCGAUCCACCAGCAGGUCUAGGAGAGAUGACAGGCAAAGCAGUGAACGCCGUGAGAGGAGAGGACAAGGCUCCAGAAGUAGAGGACCACGGGAAAAGAGAGGACGAAGUUCCAGAAGUAGAGGUACACGUGAGAAGAGAGAACACAGCUCCAAGAGUAGGGGAGCACGUGAGAAGAGACCUCGAGAGAAGACACGAUCCUCCAGAGGGAGAGCUGCUAGAGAAGAUAAGAAAGAUCAUAAUUCUGACUCAGAUGAAUCAAAGAAAGAAGAUAAACUGCCAGAAAAGAAAUCGCUGAGUAGCAUUGAAAGCAAACAUGAAGCGUUAGCAGAGAAAGUGUCUUCACAUCACAGUAAAGAACUGAACCAUAUUUAUGAUGAAAUUACUUCCCAACAUUCUAGUCGGCAUUCGUUGGCUUCUAACAGCAAAAAAGACACCAGCGUACAUAGUCAGCACAGCAGCCAUCACGGAUCACAGCCAAGUGUACACAGUCAGCACAGCAGCCAUCACGGAUCACAGCCAAGUGUACACAGUCAUCACAGCAGCCAUCACGGAUCACAGCCAAGUGUACACAGUCAGCACAGCAGCCAUCACGGAUCACAGCCAAGUGUACACAGUCAUCACAGCAGCCAUCACGAAUCACAGCACAGCCAUCACGGAUCACAGCCAAGCGUACACAGCCAGCACAGCAGCCAUCACGGAUCACAGCCAAGUGUACACAGCCAGCACAGCAGCCAUCACGAAUCACAGCCAAGUGUACACAGCCAGCACAGCAGCCAUCACGGAUCACAGCACAGCAGCCAUCAUGGAUCUCCACAGCCAAGUGUACACAGCGAUCACAGCAGCCACCAUGGAUCUCAACCAAGUGAACAUGAAUCUACCCAUUCAUCCAGUUUCUAUUCCGAUUCUAAAGAUGACCUCCAUUCAUCACAGGCGUCCGUGCACUCAGGUGAAAGUAACAAUGCAAAUAGUUCCCACAAGAGCUCCUCACAUUCUACUGAACACACUGGUGUUGCUACUAGCAGUUCAAGCAACUCUACAAGUCAAACUGAUUCAACCAAUUUGUUAUCUCACACCAGCAGUGCAAGUAACAGCAAUGGACGCUCUUCACAUUCUACUGACCACACAGGUACGAUGAAAAGCUCUUCAACUUCCAGUCACAGCCACAGCAGUACAAACAGUCCACAACAGUCACAAGAAACCAGUGGUGCAAGCUCAGAGGAUAAUCAUGACGAUUCUACUGAACAAACUCAUAGCAAAUCUAGUGAUCAUUCUGACAGCAAAGAAACUACUGAACAUACCCAUAGUGAAUCUAGUGAUCAUUCUGACAACGAACCUAGUGAAGAAUCUGAUCAUUCUGACAACGAACCAAGUGAAGAAUCUAGUGAUCAUUCUGACAACGAACCUAGUGAAGAAUCUAGUAAUCAUUCUGACAAUGAACCAAGUGAAGAAUCUGAUCAUUCUGACAGCAAAGAAACUACUCAUAGCGAAUCUAGUGAAGAAUCUAGUGAAGAAUCUGAGAGUGAGGAUCAUGAAACAGACGCAAGUGAUGAAGAAAGUGAAUCGGAAAGUAGCAGUGAACUAUCGGACAGUGAACAUUCCCAAACAGACAGUUCCGAGUCCAGUUCCAGUGAACACAGCAGUCAUCCUACCUCACACACGCCCUCCAGUCAUAGUCAUAGUCAUAGUCACAGUCAUACUAGUUCUGGCUCUCACACUCGAACUAUGUCCAGUUACACAUCAUCUACUCUCUCAUCCAUUGAAAGCAGGCGUCCAUAAUGUCUCAUUACCGUUAUUUAUUGUAUCUCAUUAUUAUUUGAUUUA